CAAUUUCUCAUCACUUGCUAGAGGUUUAAGGUGAAAGCUUUGUGUUCCUCUAUUCUUUAGCAUGUCUGACCAUUUAUAUCUUAUAAACUUAAAAUCCCAUCAAUCAUGCUCAAUGGAAUUGAAGUUAAAUUGAUUUGCUAUUUGCAGGCAUCUAUAGAUCAAAGUGUGCUAGACUUGGAAAUGGCAAACAAAAUAGGUUGGUGUGCUUUUUCUAUCAUACAGAUUCUUGGAACUAUAGCAGUGAUGUCUCAGGUAGCAUGGGAGGUGUUUGUCAUCUUUAUUCCAGUAACCGGUAUCUGCAUUUGGUACCAGCAAUAUUACAUACCCACAGCAAGGGAAUUAGCUCGCUUAGCAGGGAUACAAAUGGCUCCAAUCCUUCACCAUUUUGCAGAAUCUCUUUCAGGAGCAGCAACAAUUCGUGCUUUUGAUCAACAAGAACGUUUCACAAAUGCAAACCUCAAUCUAAUUGACAACCACUCUAGGCCAUGGUUUCAUAAUGCAUCGGCUAUGGAAUGGCUUUCUUUCAGACUAAAUUUGUUGUCAAAUUUCGUAUUUGCUUUCUCGUUGGUUUUACUGGUGACUCUUCCUGAAGGAAUUAUCAAUCCAAGCAUCGCAGGAUUGGGCGUAACUUAUGGUAUAAACUUGAAUGUUUUGCAAGCUUCAGUUAUAUGGAAUAUGUGCAAUGCGGAGAAUAAAAUGAUCUCAGUAGAAAGAAUUCUUCAGUACUCAAGCAUACCAAGUGAGGCACCCCUUGUAAUUGAAGAGUGCAUACUGCCAAACAACUGGCCAGAUGUUGGAACAGUUAGCUUUAGAAACUUGCAGAUCCGUUAUGCGGAGUAUCUUCCAGCUGUCUUGAAAAACAUUAGCUGUACGUUUCCAGGAAGGAAAAAAGUUGGUGUAGUUGGAAGAACAGGGAGUGGAAAAUCAACCCUUGUACAGGCCAUUUUCAGAAUUGUUGAACCAAGAGAAGGAAAAAUCAUAAUUGAUGAUGUGGACAUUUCAAAGAUAAGUCUUCAUGACUUACGAUCAAGACUUAGCAUCAUUCCCCAGGACCCAACAAUGUUUGAGGGAACAGUUAGAGGAAACCUUGACCCACUAAUGCAACAUACUGAUGCAGAAUUAUGGGAGGCACUUGAUAAAUGUCAACUUGGUGACUUGGUCCAUGAGAAGCAAGAGAAGUUGGAUUCCACAGUGAUUGAAAAUGGAGACAAUUGGAGUGUGGGGCAGAGGCAGUUAUUGUGUCUUGGAAGAACUUUGCUAAAGAAAAGCCGCAUUCUGGUAUUGGACGAAGCAACAGCAUCAGUAGACUCUGCAACUGACGCUGUUAUACAGAAAAUAAUCAGUAAAGAGUUUAAGGAUCGGACAGUAAUCACAAUAGCUCACAGAAUCCACACAGUAGUAGACAGUGAUCUUGUUUUGGUCCUUAGUGAUGGAAGAAUUGCAGAGUUUGACAGCCCGUCAAAGCUACUUGAGAGAAAUGAUUCAUUCUUCUCAAAACUAAUAAAAGAGUACUCCUCAAGAUCACAGAGUUUCAACAAUUUAGCAAAUUUGCAUAAUUGAAGAGAUUUAUUCAAGGGUUCAAAGGAGCCAAUUUGGGUAAGCAUCAGCAGUCAUAAAGCAGAAUUAUCAUCACUAGAUCCACAUCCCAGUAACAUAAUAGCAUUUUCCCAGACAUGAUAAGAAAAUUUAAAUCCUUGACCUAGAUGUUACUGGGAUGUUACUUGAACCCUUGAAUAAAUCUCUUCAAUUAUGCAAAUAUGCUAAAUUGUUGAAGCUUUGUGAUCUGCUGGAGUACUCUUUUAAGAAUUUGAGAAGAAUGAAUCAUUUCUGUCAUGUAAGAAUGAAACAAAAUCCUACCAACCACAAAAUGGGGAAUAGAGACAGAAAAGCAUAUUGUUCAUUUACAACUUACAUAUAAAACCAUUAGUCACUGCAGUCUUCCUCUGACUUCGUCUGUUGGUUAGCGAUCCUUCAUCCAGGGUGGAGAAGAGAGAAGACUAUCUGCAUUCUAAUUUUACUAUCUGGAUUCUAAUUUCAGUUGAAUUUAAGCUUUAUACAGAGAGAA